CGCAUCCUCGGCGGGGCGGCUGCGAAGGAGGCGGCGCCCGGGCGGCGGCGGCGGCGGCGGACGGACCGACGGACGGCCGGGGACGCGCGGACAGACGGCGGCCGCCCGUGGGCCCGGAGAGCGCGGCGACGGGCGAUGCGCGGCCCCAGGCCCCGCACGGGCGGGCGCUGCCCGGGGGGCUGACCGCGGCCGGAGGGCGCCCCACGACCGGGCGAGGAGCCCGCGCCGCGCCGAGGCCAGAGAGCUUGAGCUGGGGCCAGGGCCCAAGCUGGACCUGAUCCAAAGCCUGAGAUCAAGCUGGGCACAGAGCCUGGUCUGGAGCUGGAGUCCAAACCGCAACCGGACUGCCUCUGCCAUGCAGAAGGAGACAGGCGCUGCGCCUUCCCGCGCUGGCAUGCAGAGCCCCCGGCCCCACACGCUGCUGCCCUUGCUGCUGCCGCUGCUGCUGCUGGGGGCCAGCGUGCCAGGCGUCUGGGGUCAGGCAGGGAGCCUGGACCUGCAGAUUGAUGAGGAGCAGCCAGCCGGCACCCUGAUUGGGGACAUCAGUGCAGGGCUCCCGGCAGGCACGGCAGCCCCUGCCAUGUACUUCAUCUCUGCCCAGGAGGGCAGUGGCGUGGGCAUGGACCUCGCCAUCGAUGAACACACUGGGGUGGUCCGUACAGCCCGAGUCUUAGACCGAGAGCGACGGGAUCGCUACCGCUUCACUGCAGUCACUCCUGAUGGAGCCACGGUGGAAGUCACUGUGCGAGUGGUGGACAUCAAUGACCAUGCCCCAGCCUUCCCGCAGGCGCAGGCCACCCUGCAGAUUCCUGAGCACACAGCUCUUGGCACCCGCUACCCACUGGAGCCUGCGCGUGAUGCAGAUGCCGGCCGCCUCGGUACGCAGGGCUACGCGCUCUCUGGUGACGGGGCUGGAGAGACCUUCCGGCUGGAGACACGGCCGGGUCCGGAUGGGGCCCCGGUGCCCGAGCUGGUGAUUGCCGGGGAGCUGGACCGAGAGAACCGCUCACACUACAUGCUGCAAUUGGAGGCCUACGACGGUGGCUCCCCGCCACUCCGGGCCCAGGCCCUGCUGGAUGUGACGCUGCUGGACAUCAAUGAUCACGCGCCUGCUUUCAAUCAGAGCCGCUAUCAUGCUGUGGUGUCUGAGAGCCUGGCCCCUGGCAGUGCCGUCUUGCAGGUCUACGCAUCCGAUGCUGACGCCGGUGCCAAUGGGGCUGUGACCUAUGAGAUCAACCGGAGGCAGAGCGAAGGGGACGGGCCCUUCUCCAUCGAUGCACACACGGGCCUGCUGCGGCUGGAGCGGCCACUGGACUUCGAGCAACGGCGGGUCCAUGAAUUGGUGGUGCAGGCCUGGGACGGCGGGGCGCACCCAGAGCUAGGCUCAGCCUUUGUGACCGUGCAUGUGCGAGAUGCCAAUGACAACCAGCCUUCCAUGACAGUUAUCUUUCUGAGUGCCGAUGGCUCUCCCCGAGUGUCUGAGGCGGCCCCACCAGGCCAGCUUGUCGCUCGUAUCUCGGUGUCAGACCCAGAUGAUGGUGACUUUGCCCAUGUCAAUGUGUCCCUUGAGGGUGGAGAGGGCCACUUUGCCCUAAGCACCCAGGACAGUGUCAUCUACCUGGUGUGCGUGGCUAGGCGGCUGGACAGGGAGGAACGGGAUGCGUAUAACUUGCGGGUUACUGCCACAGACUCGGGCUCACCCCCGCUGCGUGCCGAGGCCACCUUUGUGCUCCAUGUCACCGAUGUCAAUGACAAUGCUCCUGCCUUUGACCGCCAGCUCUACCGACCUGAGCCCCUGCCUGAGGUGGCACUGCCUGGCAGCUUUGUGGUGCGAGUGACAGCCCGGGAUCCUGACCAAGGUACCAAUGGGCAGGUCACUUAUAGCCUGGCCCCGGGUCCCCACACCCACUGGUUCUCCAUCGACCCCACCUCAGGCGUCAUCACCACAGCUGCCUUGCUGGAUUAUGAGUUGGAACCUCAGCCACAGCUCACUGUGCUGGCCACGGAUGGGGGCUUGCCCCCUCUCACCUCCUCUGCCACAGUCAGUGUAGCCCUGCAAGAUGUGAAUGAUAACGAGCCCCAGUUCCAGAGGACUUUCUAUAAUGCCUCUCUCCUGGAGGGUACCCCGCCUGGAACCUGCUUCCUGCAGGUAACAGCCACAGAUGCAGACAGUGGCCCAUUUGGCAUCCUGUCCUAUUCCUUGGGUGCUGGACUUGGAGCCUCGGGGUCUCCCCCAUUCCGCAUUGAUGCCCUCACUGGUGAUGUGUGCACGACCCGAACCUUGGACCGUGACCAGGGGCCCUCAAGCUUCGACUUCACAGUGACAGCUGUGGAUGGGGGAGGACUCAAGUCCAUCGUGUAUGUGAAGGUGUUUGUGUCAGAUGAGAAUGACAACCCACCUCAGUUUUAUCCACGAGAGUAUGCUGCCAGUCUGAGUGCCCAGAGUACACCUGGCACAGCCGUGCUGAGGGUCCGUGCCCGUGAUCCCGAUCAGGGGCUCCACGGACAGCUCUCCUACCGCAUCCUGGCUGGCAAUAGCCCCCCUCUCUUUGCCUUGGAUGAACACUCAGGGCUGCUAACAGUAGCCUGGCCCUUAGCCAGACGAGCCAACUCUGUGGUACAGCUGGAGAUCGGGGCUCAGGAUGGAGGUGGUCUGCAGGCAGAGCCCAGUGCCCGAGUCAACGUCAGCAUUGUGCCUGGAACCCCCACACCACCUGUGUUUGAGCAGCUGCAGUACGUUUUUUCUGUGCCCGAGGACGCAGCACCAGGCACCAAUGUGGGCAAGGUCCAGGCACACAACCCACCAGGUCGUGUAGGGCCCGUGACUCUUGCCCUGUCAGAUGGGGAUCCCCGAGGACUCUUCUCCAUAGAUGGGACCUCAGGGCUGUUACAAACACUUCGCCCUCUGGAUCGGGAGCUCUUGGGCCCAGUGCUGGAGCUGGAGGUGCGGGCAGGCAGUGGCGUACCUCCAGCUUUCGCAUCAGCCCGGGUGCGCGUGCUGCUGGAAGAUGUCAAUGACAAUUCCCCUGCCUUCCCUGCCCCCGAAGACACGGUAUUGCUGCCCCCCAGCACUGCGCCAGGGACCCCCAUCUAUACACUGCGGGCUCUAGACCCAGACUCGGGUGUGAAUAGUCAAGUCACCUUUACGCUGCUUGCUGGGGGUGGGGGGGCUUUCACUGUGGACCCCACCACAGGCCACAUACGGCUUAUGGGAUCUCUGGGGCCCCCAGGUGGGCCAGCCUAUGAGCUGGAGCUGGAGGCCCGGGAUGGGGGCUCCCCACCCCGCACCAGCCACUUUCGCUUGAGGGUGGUGGUACAGGACUUGGGCACUCGUGGGCUGGCUCCCCACUUCAGCAGCCCUACCUACCGUGUGGAUCUGCCCUCGGGCACCACCCCUGGGACUCAGGUCCUGCAAGUACAGGCUCGAGCACCAGACGGGAGCCCUGUCACCUAUCACCUUGCAGAGGGGCCAAGUAGCCCUUUUGGCCUGGAGCCACAGAGUGGCUGGCUGUGGGUACGGGCAGCUCUCGACCAGGAACUGUACACACUAAAGGUAAUGGCAGUGUCUGGGCCCAAAGCUGAGCUGGGGCAGCACACAGGAACAGCCACCGUGAGGGUCAGCAUCCUCAGCCAGAAUGACCACAGUCCCCGCUUGUCUGAGGAGCCCACCUUCCUGGCAGUGGCUGAGAACCAGCCCCCAGGGACCAGUGUGGGCCGAAUAUCUGCCACUGACCGAGACUCAGGAGCCAAUGGACGACUGACCUACAGCCUCAGACAGCUCUCAGAGGACGGCAAGGCCUUCCGCAUCCACCCCCAGACUGGGGAGGUGACCACGCUCCAAAGCCUCGACCGCGAGCGGCAGAGCAGCUACCAGCUCCUGGUGCAGGUGCAGGAUGCGGGGAGCCCACCCCGAAGCACCACAGGCACCGUGCACAUUGCAGUACUCGACCUCAACGAUCACAGCCCCACCUUCCUGCAGGCCUCAGGGGCUGCUGGCGGCGGUCUCCCCAUCCAGGUGCCAGAUCGGGUUCCUCCAGGAACCCUAGUGACAACUCUGCAGGCCAAGGACCCGGAUGAGGGGGAGAAUGGGACCAUCCUCUACUCGCUAACUGGCCCCGGCUCGGAGCUCUUCUCUCUGCAUUCUCACUCUGGAGAGCUGUUCACAGCGGCACCCCUGAUCCGAGCAGAGCGGCCCCAUUACGUGCUGACCCUGAGUGCUCACGAUCAAGGCAGCCCCCCUCGGAGCUCCACUCUCCAGCUGCUGGUGCAGGUGCUGCCGUCAGCUCGGUCCACCGAGCCCCCGCAGAAUCCCUCCGAGCCAGACCCCGCGACGCCGGUGCCCAUGGUGCUGACGGUGACGGCCGCUGAGGGGCUGCAGCCCGGCUCCCUACUGGGCUCUGUGGCCCCGCCAGAGCCAGCGGCGACGGGCACCCUCACCUACACCCUGGUGGGUGGCGCGGACCCCGAGGGCACCUUCGCGCUGGACGCGGCCUCGGGGCGCUUGUACUUGGCGCGGCCCCUGGACUUUGAGGCGGGGCCGGCGUGGCGCGCGCUCACGGUGCGCGCCGAGGGCCCGGGGGGCGCGGGCGCGCGGCUGCUGCGCGUGCAGGUGCGCGUGCAGGACGAGAACGAGCACGCGCCCACCUUCGCUCGCGACCCGCUGGCGCUGGCGCUGCCCGAGAACCCCGAGCCCGGCGCGGCGCUCUACACGUUCCGGGCGACGGACGCCGACGGCCCGGGCCCCAACAGCGACGUGCGCUACCGCCUGCUGCGCCAGGAGCCGCCGGUGCCCGCGCUCCGCCUCGAUGCCCGCACCGGGGCCCUGAGCGCCCCGCGAGGGCUGGACCGGGAGACCACCCCGGCGCUGCUGCUGCUCGUCGAAGCCACCGACCGGCCCGCCAACGCCAGUCGCCGCCGUGCAGCGCGCGUGUCGGCGCGCGUCUUCGUCACCGACGAGAACGACAACGCGCCCGUCUUCGCCUCGCCCUCCCGCGUGCGCCUCCCCGAGGACCAGCCGCCUGGGCCCGCCGCGCUGCACGUGGUGGCCCGCGACCCCGACCUGGGCGAGGCCGCGCGCGUGUCCUAUCGCCUGGCCGCCGGCGGUGACGGCUACUUCCGGCUACACCCUAGCACGGGGGCGCUGUCCGUGGUGCGGCCGCUGGACCGCGAGCAGAGAGCCGAGCACGUGCUGACCGUGGUGGCCUCGGACCACGGCUCCCCGCCGCGCUCAGCCACGCAGCUGCUGACUGUCAGCGUCGCCGACGUCAACGACGAGGCUCCCGCUUUCCAGCAGCAGGAAUACAGUGUCCUCCUGCGUGAGAACAGCCCACCCGGCACUUCUCUGCUCACUCUGCAGGCCACUGACCCGGACCUGGGGACCAAUGGGCACGUGACUUACGGGGGCAUUUCUGGAGAAAGCUUCUCCCUGGACCCGGACACUGGAAUUCUCACGACCCUUCAGCCCCUGGAUCGGGAGGAGCAGGAGGAGAUCAACCUGACAGUGUAUGCCCGGGACAGUGGUUCACCCCCACUGUUGACCCAUGUCACAGUACGAGUGGCUGUGGAGGAUGAGAAUGACCAUGCCCCAACCUUUGGGAGCUCCCACCUCUCCCUGGAGGUACCCGAGGGCCAGGACCCACAGACUCUUACCAAACUGCGGGCCUCUGACCCAGAUGUGGGAGCAAAUGGACAACUGCAGUACCGCAUCUUGGAUGGGGACGCAUCCGGAGCCUUUGUUCUCGACCCCGCCUCUGGAGAGUUUGGCACCAUGAGGCCUUUAGACCGGGAGGUGGAGCCAGCAUUCCAGCUGCGAAUAGAGGCCCGGGAUGGAGGCCAGCCAGCUCUCAGUGCCACUCUGCUUGUGACAGUGACAGUGCUGGAUGCCAAUGACCAUGCCCCAGUCUUCCCUGUGCCUGCCUACUCUGUGGAAGUGUCCGAGGAUGCACCUGCGGGGACCUUGCUGCUGCAGCUACAGGCUCAUGACCCUGAUGCGGGGGCCAACGGCCUCGUAACCUACUAUUUGGGUUCAGGUGCUGCGGGCGCCUUCCUGCUGGAACCCAGCUCUGGGGAACUGCGCACAGCCGCGGCCCUGGACCGAGAGCAGUGCCCCAGCUAUGCCUUUUCUGUGAGCGCAGUGGACAGUGCGGCCGCGGGGCCUCUGAGCACCACGGUGCCUGUCACUGUCACAGUGCGCGACGUCAAUGACCAUGCCCCCACUUUCCCCACCAGUCCUUUGCGACUGCGCCUGCCCCGCCCAGGCCCCAGCCUUGGCACCCCAACCCUGGCUCUUGCCACUCUUCGAGCUGAAGACCGUGAUGCUGGCGCCAAUGCAUCCAUCCUCUACCGUCUGGCGGGCACGCCACCACCUGGCACCACUGUGGACUCUUAUACUGGCGAAAUCCGCUUGGCUCGUUCCCCUGCAGUCCUGGGCCCCCGGGAUCGUGUCCUCUUUAUCGUGGCCACUGACCUGGGCCGCCCAGCUCGCUCUGCCACUGGUGUGGUCAUUGUUGGGUUGCAAGGGGAGUCUGAACGUGGACCCCGUUUUCCUCGGACUAGUAGCGAAGCUCUGCUCCGUGAGAAUGCACCCCCAGGCACUCCCAUUGUCUCCCCUAAGGCCACCCAUGCCGGGGGCUCCAGUGGCCCGAUCACCUACAGCAUUCUCAGUGGGAACGAGAAAGGAACAUUCUCUAUCCAGCCCAGAACAGGAGUCAUCACAGUUCGUUCAGCAGAGGGGUUGGACUUUGAGGCGAGCCCACGAUUGCGACUGGUCCUGCAGGCAGAAAGUGGAGGCACCUUUGCGUUCUCCGUGCUGAUGCUAACCCUGCAAGAUGCCAAUGAUAAUGCUCCCCGCUUCCUGCGGCCCCACUAUGUGGCCUUCCUGCCAGAGUCCAGACCCUUAGAAGGGCCCCUGCUGCAGGUGGAGGCGGAUGACCUGGAUCAAGGCCCCAGCGGACAGAUCUCCUACAGUCUAGCUGCAUCCCAGCCAGCGCGAGGGUUGUUCCACGUAGACCCAUCCACAGGCACGAUCACCACCACAGCCAUACUGGACCGUGAGAUCUGGGCCGAAACACGGCUUGUAUUGAUGGCCACAGACAGAGGAAGCCCAGCGCUGGUGGGCUCAGCUACUCUAACGGUGAUGGUCAUCGACACCAAUGACAAUCGUCCUACCAUCCCCCAGCCCUGGGAGCUCCGAGUGUCUGAAGAUGCACUGCUUGGCUCAGAGAUUGCCCAGGUGACCGGGAAUGAUGUGGACUCUGGGCCAGUGCUGUGGUAUGUGCUGAGCCCCUCUGGGCCCCAGGACCCCUUCAGUGUAGGCCGUUACGGAGGCCGAGUCUCCCUUACGGGCCCCCUGGACUUCGAGCAGCAUGACCGCUACCACCUGCAGCUUCUUGCACAUGAUGGGCCUCACCAGGGCCGAGCCAACCUCACGGUGAUCGUGGAGGAUGUCAACGACAAUACACCUGCAUUCUCCCAGAGCCUCUACCAGGUGAUGCUGCUCGAACACACCCCACCAGGCAGUGCCAUUCUCUCCGUUUCUGCCACCGACCGGGACUCAGGUGCCAAUGGUCACAUCUCCUACUACCUGGCUUCCCCUGCUGAGGGCUUCAGUGUUGAUCCCAACAAUGGGACUCUGUUCACAACAGUGGGAGCAAUGGCUUUGGACCAGGAGGGGCCAGGAGUGGUGGAUGUGGUUCUGGAAGCACGAGAUCACGGGAGUCCAGGCCGGGCGGCGCGAGCCACAGUGCACGUGCAGCUGCAGGACCAGAAUGACCAUGCCCCAAGCUUCACUUUGCCACACUACCAGGUGGCUGUGACCGAGGACCUGCCCCCAGGUUCCACCCUGCUCACCCUGGAGGCCACAGAUGCUGACGGAAGCCGCACCCAUGCCACUGUGGACUACAGCAUUGUGAGCGGCAACCGGGGCAGGGUCUUCCAGCUGGAGCCCCGGCUGGCUGAGUCGGGGGACGAUAGUGGACUAGGCCCCCGGAUGCUGGGCUGCCUGGUGUUGCUUGAGCCUCUGGAUUUUGAAAGCCUGACCCAGUACAACCUAACAGUGACUGCGGCUGACCGGGGGCAGCCCCCUCGCAGCUCAGCAGUGCCUGUCACGAUCACUGUGCUCGAUGUCAAUGACAACCCACCCAUCUUCUCCCGAGCAUCCUACCGGGUGGCAGUGCCUGAGGACACGCCCAUUGGAGCUGAGCUGCUGCAUGUGGAGGCCUCAGAUGCUGACCCGGGUCCUCAUGGUCUCGUACGGUUCACGCUCAGCUCAGGUGACCCCCUGGGGCUCUUCGAGCUCGAUGAGAGCUCAGGCGCCUUGCGACUGGCCCACUCCUUGGACUGUGAGACCCAGGCUCGACAUCAGCUUGUGGUGCAGGCAGCCGACCCCACAGGGGCACACUUUGCUCUGGCACCAGUGACGGUUGAGGUCCAGGAUGUGAAUGAUCAUGGCCCAGCCUUCCCCCUGAACUUGCUCAGCACCAGCCUGGCAGAAAACCAGCCCCCGGGCACUCUUAUAACCACCCUGCAUGCAGUUGAUGGGGAUGCCGGGGCUUUUGGGAAGCUUCGUUACAGCCUGCUGGAUGCUGGCCCGGGGCCUGAUGGCCGUGAGGCAUUUGCACUGAACAGCUCCACAGGGGAGCUGCGGGCUCGAGUGGCCUUUGACUAUGAGCACACAGGAAACUUCCAGCUGCUGGUGGGUGCUGCUGAUGCUGGGAAUCUCUCAGCCUCGGUCACUGUGUCAGUGCUGGUGACCGGUGAGGACGAGUAUGACCCAGUGUUCCUGGCUCCAGCUUUCCACUUUCAGGUACCAGAAGGUGCCCGGCGUGGCCACAGCCUGGGUCACGUGCAGGCCACAGAUGAAGAUGGAGGUGCUGAUGGCCUGGUGCUCUAUUCCCUUGCCACUUCUUCCCCCUAUUUCGGGAUCAACCAGACCACAGGUGCUCUGUACCUGCGGGUGGACAGCCGGGCACCGGGCAGUGGAACAGGUAGCUCUGGGGGUGGGGGCCGGACUCGACGUGAGGCACCACGGGAGCUGAGGUUAGAAGUGAUGGCACGGGGGCCUCUGCCUGGCUCCCGGAGUGCCACAGUGCCUGUGACCGUGGACAUCACCCAUACUGCCCUGGGCCUGGCCCCUGACCUCAACCUGCUCUUGGUGGGGGCCGUGGCGGCCUCCUUGGGAGUCGUGGUGGUGCUUGCUCUGGCAGCCCUGGUUCUCGGGCUGGUGAGGGCCCGCAGCCGCAAGGCUGAGGCAGCACCUGGCCCCAUGUCACAGGCAGCACCCCUGGCCAGUGGAACCCUGCAGAAGCUGGGCCGAGAGCCACCCAGCCCGCCGCCCUCAGAGCACCUGUAUCACCAGACUCUCCCCAGCUAUGGCGGCCCAGGAGCCGGGGGGCCGUACCCGCGUGGGGGCUCCCUGGACCCUUCACACUCCAGCGGCCGAGGCUCAGCAGAGGCUGCAGAGGAUGACGAGAUCCGCAUGAUCAAUGAGUUCCCCCGGGUGGCCAGUGUGGCCUCCUCCUUGGCUGCCCGUGGCCCCGACUCAGGCAUCCAGCAGGAUGCAGAUGGACUGAGCGACACAUCCUGUGAGCCCGCUGCCCCUGACACCUGGUAUAAGGGCCGCAAGGCAGGGCUGCUGCUGCCGGGGCCAGGCGCCACUCUGUACCGAGAAGAAGGGCCCCCAGCCCCAGCCACAGCCUUCCUGGGAGGCUGUGGCCUCAGCCCCGCACCUCCUGGGGACUAUGGCUUCCCAGCAGAUGGCAAGCCCUGCGUGGCAGGUGCACUGACGGCCAUUGUGGCUGGAGAGGAGGAGCUCCGUGGCAGCUAUAACUGGGACUACCUGCUGAGCUGGUGCCCUCAGUUCCAGCCACUGGCCAGCGUCUUCACCGAGAUUGCCCGACUCAAGGAUGAAGCUCGGCCAUGCCCCCCGGCUCCCCGUAUUGAUCCACCGCCCCUCAUUACUGCCGUGGCUCACCCAGGAGCCAAGUCUGUGCCCCCCAAGCCAGCCAGCACAGCUGUCACUCGAGCCAUCUUCCCGCCAGCCUCCCACCGCUCCCCCAUCAGCCAUGAAGGCUCCCUGUCCUCAGCCGCCAUGUCCCCCAGCUUCUCCCCCUCACUGUCUCCGCUGGCUGCUCGCUCACCUGUUGUCUCGCCAUUCGGGGUGGCCCAGGGCCCCUCAGCCUCAGCACUCAGCACAGAGUCUGGCCUGGAGCCCCAUGACGACACAGAGCUACACAUCUAGCUGUGGCCCAGGCUGGGCCCCGACCUGGGAUGCGCACAGCAUCCCCAAUGCAGGCCCCAUCUGAGCCUGCCCCGGGCAGCCUCAGAUCUCGGUUGGCCAUGGGGAAGGCCCGCUUCCCACCCCAGGCUCCUGCGCUGGGGUCAGAUCCCGUGUCUCCCACUGGCCCCACCAGAGCACCAGCACCACAGAGUCCUCUCAAUUGUGCACUGACCUGGGGCCAGGUCCAGUGUGGGGAGAAAUAUGAAGGAGGCGGCAGCCCUGGGUUCUCCUCAGUGAGGGCUUCCUGCCCUGCACCAGCAACCUGACAUGGAGCUGAGACUUUAUUUAUUGGGGGAAGAGGGUUGGGGGAGGUCCUCCAACCUGUUGGGGCCCAGCUCCCUUGGGUUCCAUUGACACCCCUGCCCUUGCCCAGAACCAAGUGCCAAUUCUCACUCUGGAGCCUUAAUAAACUGCAGUUUGUA